UACCACUUUCUCCUAUGACCUGAACAUAACACACUCGUGAUAACCUGCUGACGUCAUCCCUACGUACAGGGUGGUGGUUUACGUAGCCGGCCGGCUAACUACUUCCUCCAUCAUUUUUUAGCUGCGUGCGACCUGAGGUUGUAAAGGCUCCUAAACCCGUCCGAAUAAUUUCUUGAUUGGCGAUUCAAAUAGCGACACACUCUCUAAACAAUCAAGAUGUCUUCUUACGAUGAGAAUGAGUCAAAGUUCCUUCGUAAGGCAAAGGAGAAUCCAUUUGUCCCAGUGGGAAUGGCUGGGUUCUUUGCCAUUGUGGGGUACAGACUACUGAAAAUGAAAAGCCGGGGUGACACAAAAAUGUCAGUUCACUUGAUUCACAUGCGUGUAGCUGCCCAAGGCUUUGUGGUUGGAGCCAUGACUGUUGGGGUCCUGUAUUCAAUGUACAAAGAGUACAUUGUAAAACCCAGAGAAGAACAGAAAGCAGUGCAACACAAGUGAACAUGGGCUGACAUUUUAUGCUUCUUAAUAUUACCUCAUAUUAAGGUGUAGAGGUUUAUCUUUUACAGAUGUGUCAUAAUUAUUGUAUGCACACAUCUACUGUUAACUUAUUAAUUACACUUCCUAUCGUCUGAGUACUGUACCAGAGGGUCAAGUUAUCACUUCUGUACUGAGGAUGAGGAGGUGUAUUGCUCCAGCUGUUUUAACACUGGUUGCACUCUCUGUGCUUGCGUCUGUGAACCCAGCUGGUUUGAUAUCUAUGCCAACUGGUGACUGACAGAGUUUUGUUGCCUCUUAUUUAAAAGGUGUGUGAGUGAAAUAUCAAAAACUAUAACCUCUAGCAAAUCACUUAAAAACAGUGAGACUAGGCUAAGCCUAGAUUCAGAAAUUAACCACCAAGCACCGGUAGACUGAAUUUAUUUCUUCUUUUUAUUGUGUUUAUUUUAUUGUCUCACACCAGCUAUAUUUUUUGAUGAACUAAUGUAGUUUAUUUUUGCCAAAUGGACAAUGUUUGCACCUUAGCCCACUUUUUUCUUCUUCAUGGGCAUCCCAGUGCAUUAGGCGUGUGUUUUGGAAGGCGUUGGCAACAUGUGGUUUAAAGACCAGGCCUGUGCUGUCACAUUAUUUAAACAACAAUGGCCCAAAGGGUUUGUGACCCACCACAAUGUUAGGUUAUUUCACAAAACAAAUAUGUAAAAUAAUCACAUGGACAUUAAGAAAAAAAAAAAACAUGAAACAAAAACAAAGGUAUAUUGUAGAAAUAUAGCGUGUGAUUUCAUUUAUUUUUGUGUAAUUUAAUUUUAAUCAUGGUUACAUACUGUACACAGGGCUCCUGUUUCAUUACAGAAGCUUAAUGAGACUAAAGUAACUGAGGUGCACCUACAGACAGUGUUGUGCUUAAAUUGAUUGCCUAUUUCAGUUUUACACAAAGUUAAGUUUUGGAGUUGAGUUUUUUGUUGUGUACAAAUACAGUUUCUUUUUCUAAAGUUUCUUUUUCUGGAAAUAAAAAUGACCAGACUUGUAA